UUCAGUGUUCUUUUCUUUCUCUGCAUUCUUCCUUCAGCGAAAUUCAACUUUUUAUUUCAUCUGCCGGUUUAAUCCUCUCUGAUUUUCUCCAACCUUUGCACUGAAACAGCAUCUUGGUGGAUGCUGACAACUUGUGGCAAAAUUGGGUGUUUUUGUUCGGCGACCAUCUAUUUUGAGACACAGGUUGACGAAUGUGUUGGAUGAGUUGAAUUUAUAGAAACUUGAUAGAAGAGCAGUUUUAUUUGCUCCUGAACCGAAUUUAUAGAAGGGAAGAGAAACGCGUGUGAUUAAAUGGCCUCUGCACAUGGGUUAGCUCCAUUGGCCGACUUGCGUUUGAUGUUUUCUUCCUUGAGUUCACUACAGCGACAUCGUUUUUGCUCUUCUGCUUCUUGUUGUACACUUCCCAUCAAAUUUUGUCAUGGGGCUUCAAUUAGUGUCUUUAACAAAUACCAACAUUCUGUGUUAUUGGUUUCAAAACCCAAUUCAAGUCGAGGGUUUAGGCUAUAUAAAUCGGUGGAGUUGGACCAUUUCUUGACUAGCGAUGACGAAGACGAAAUGGGUGAGGGUUUCUUCGAAGCAAUAGAGGAGCUUGAGCGAAUGGCGAGAGAACCCUCUGACAUUAUGGAAGAAAUGAACGAUCGUCUCUCCGCGAGGGAAUUGCAGCUCGUACUGGUUUACUUCUCUCAAGAGGGAAGAGACUCCUGGUGUGCGUUGGAGGUGUUUGAUUGGCUGCGAAAGGAAAAUCGGGUGGAUAAGGAGACGAUGGAGCUUAUGGUGGCGAUCAUGUGUGGUUGGGUGAAGAAGUUGAUUCAAGAACAGCAUCGUGUUGGUGACGUCGUCGACCUCCUUGUGGAUAUGGAAUGUGUUGGUUUGAGGCCUGGUUUCAGCAUGAUUGAGAAGGUAAUUUCUUUGUAUUGGGAAAUGGGUGAGAAGGAACGAGCAGUCUUGUUUGUGGAAGAGGUUUUGAGGCGAAGACUUUCUUAUGCUGAGGAGGGCCCGGAGGGGCAUAAAGGAGGGCCGACAGGGUAUCUUGCUUGGAAGAUGAUGGUUGAGGGUGACUACAGAGGAGCAAUCAGAUUAGUGAUUAAUUUUAGAGAAUCUGGGCUGAAGCCAGAGGCCUAUAGUUAUCUUAUUGCAAUGACUGCUGUGGUUAAGGAACUGAACGAAUUCGCUAAAGCUCUUCGCAAGCUGAAGGGUUUUGUGAGGGCUGGGUCAAUAGCUGAGCUAGAUCUUGAAGAUGUAGAGCUCAUAGAGAAGUAUCAAUCAGAUCUUCUAGCUGAUGGGGUGUGCUUGUCCAAUUGGGUCAUGCAAGAUGGGAGCCCAUUACUUUAUGGUGUGGUUCAUGAGAGGCUCCUUGCUAUGUAUAUCUGUGCUGGCCGUGGAAUAGAGGCUGAGAGGCAGCUGUGGGAAAUGAAGCUUGUGGGUAAGGAGCCUGAUGGGGAUCUCUAUGACAUUGUUCUUGCCAUUUGUGCUUCACAAAAGGAAGCCAGAGCCACGGCAAGGCUGCUGACCCGAUUAGAGGUUUCAAGCUCGCUACAGAAGAAGAAGAGCCUGUCAUGGCUGUUAAGAGGCUAUAUCAAAGGAGGGCAUUUUAAGGAGGCAGCGGAGACAGUCAUGAAAAUGCUCGAGUUAGGAUUGUAUCCAGAGUAUUUGGACAGGGCAGCUGUGCUUCAAGGAUUGAGGAAGAGAAUCCAACAAUUUGGAAUUGUAGAUACUUACCUCAAGCUUUGUAAGUCGCUCUCUGAUGCAGAUUUGAUAGGACCUUGUCUUGUAUAUUUGUAUAUAAGGAAAUAUAAGCUUUGGGUUGUGAAAAUGCUUUGAGAAGAUGAGCUGAUAUCAUCCCAAUUUUCCGGUCAUUUUCUUUCAGCUUAAUUGUAUACUAUUACUGCAAGCACUGAUUUCAUCUGUGCUUGCUUCUGUGUUUAUUUUGUAUAGUUCCCGGUUCAAGUCUUGUAUAAUCUGCGAAACGGACUAGCUCUUGUGACAGGGUAAUGGUGUGGUGUAUACAUAUAGUCUCCUACUCAGGAGUGAGGCCUUCAUGCAAUGAUAUAUCCUUUGGUAAUACUA